AUGUCAACUUCAAAUGUACUUGCUCAAUUGCAUCUUCAAGAUGGGGAAAUUCGUGCUAAUCGCAGCGGCACCGUCACUGAAUUUGAUCUCACCAACAACACUCUCCACUACAACCUCCCUCUCAGUAUCUCAAUCCACAACCCCAACAAGUUUGUCGGCAUCUACUACGACUACGUCGAAGCAAAUGCGUCGUACCAUGAUGUCGAACUCAGUUCUCAGACCUUCGGAACCUUCUUCCAACCCCACAACAACGACCUUCCAGAUGGCCCCUACCAAGCAAAAAAUCCACAAGUCUACCGGCGACAAGGUUCUCUGAAGCAACUGGCGACAAAGACUGCUCGUAAGUCUGUUCUGGCAAUCAACGGAAUGACGAAGCCCCACAAGUUCAGGUCAGAACCUGAGGCUCUUCAAUUAGUGUCUUGUCUGGUACCUUCGAAUCAUGACGCCCUUCACCGCCUGAACCACACACCACCACAACUAGCCCUCGCCCCUAAAAUCACCGUACGCACCAUCCGUCAACUUGAACCGAAUCGCCAUGAAGAGCUUCACGUCGAUGGAAAAAGCCCCGAAGGCGUUCUCCCUGUUGAAUCCGGAAGCCUGGUCGGCGGAGAGUGGCAUCACGCGCUGGCCCUUGAAGAGGGGACUGACGAGGGUGGUGUUUUUGGUGUCCUGGAAGAAGGGCUCCAAUGUCUGGGAGGCGAAUCGAACAUCCUCGUAAAAAGCGAGCGCAUCGAUAUGGUCGUAGUAGACGCCGAGCCUGCGGUUGGGGUUGCGGAUGGAGACGUUGACGGCGAGGUCGUAGUGGAGCGUGUUGUUGGAGAGCGUGAAGCGCGUGAGGGUGGCCUCGGUGGCGUGGAAUUUGAGGACGUUGGGGCGAACGAUGAGCCAGAAGAGGAACACGAUAAUGGCGGCGAUGAUGAUCAGGGUCGUGAGUAUCUUGCAGAUGAGGCUCAGGAUGCAGUUGAAGAUGCACCCGCAGCAGCAGCUCAGGCACCCGCACCCCCCGCCCCCGCGGGACGAGCGGCGGUAGUAUUUCCGCGGAGGCGGCGGCGGAAUGGGAGGGCCGUAUUUAAGUCUGGGCAUGUCGACGUCCGUGGUGGAGAACCGAACGCCCUCGUAGAGCGCGUGGGCGUGAACAGCGUCGUAGUAGAUCUUGAGUUUCUUGUUAGGGUUUCGUGCUGUGAUGUUGAGUACGAGGUUGUAGCUAAGGGUGGUGUUGGGGGCGUAGUCGAAUUGCGUGAGCUUGGCGUCGGUAACGUGGAAUCUGAAGGAGCGGGGUGUGAUGAUGAUGAUGAUGUAUAA